UCAGUGUACCACUGUUGCCUCUGUUUCGUAGUUGUCUGCUCUGUACUGUCAAAAUGUGCGGGGAUAUGGGAAAAGCCGUUCUGGGAGCUCUGACGGGAGCGUUACUCUGUGGACUCGUCUCCGACGCUGCUUAUCUGGAGAGAUACGAGCCCCACCCUUUCCAGUAUGAGCAGGUGGUGUAUAAGAAACCCUUGAGGGAGCACGAGAAACCCCAGGACCUCCGCAACGUCCCCGGGGUCCCGGGCGUGGACUACCCCAUCUACCACACCGUCCCGGAGACCAGGUUCUCGUGUGCGCACGUGCCCAUCCAUCCCGGGAUGUACGCUAAUGUGGAGACAGGAUGUCAGGCUUACCACGUGUGUCACGACGGACGCGAGGGCCACCAAGGCGCGGCGUUCCUCUGCACGAACGGCACGCUGUUUGACCAAACCAAGUUCGCCUGCGACUGGUGGUACAACGUUGACUGCUCGCAGGCUAUCGAGCACUACAAACUGAACGCGGAUCCAUUGAAGAACCCUUACGUACCCAAACCCAAGAUAGAGGAACCGGAACCCCACGGCAUUUAUUACAGGCUGAAAGACUAGACAUAGAUAAAGGUUACAUCAUAGAUAGCGCUUUUUAAAUUCAAUAGCUUUGAGGCUCAUUCUUGCCUGUUCGGGAAAUUCGUGCCUUAAACUAUUUUGUCCGUCUCAUUUUUCUUACCUUUGAAUUGGAGUUUGUUAGUAAUAGGUUGGGGGAAAAGUCUUUUCGCAAUUAGUAUGUAUGAACUUGUAAUAAAAUCUUUUCGGCUGUACCAUUUGUAUCUGG